AUGGUUGAAUUAGACAGCAAGCAGGACUGGCGAUUCAGGAACAGCCCGCUUGUGAUUGCCAAGUCAAAAAUUCGAUUCUUCCCUCAACAAUACCGCGCUCCGAAUUCCUGUCCAAAGAUGCCACUCUCUACGCCGGCCGGAACAGUGGGCCCAGCAAGAACUGCGCUCUUGCUCAAAUACAUCCGAAGACAUCACUUCUGCCCUCUUCGGAACUGGCAAGCUCGACUCUACCGAGCCUUUGUUAACUGGGCGGGAGAUCUGCAAAUUCAGCAAGUCGAAGACAAGCUGGGCCGGGGUACACAUUGGGCUUUGAGGGAGUUCUCGAAUCUACGUUUCCAACUUCAAACCAUACAGUUCCAGUUUGUGGGCACCGAGCAGAAGGGUGACUUCUUGAAGGGUUUCUUCCUCUCUCAGAUGAGGAUUAUGCGGAGCAAUCAUGAUUCGAGCAACCGAGGCGAUUUGACCUCAUGGACAAAGUCAUCAGCUCACACGAGCAAGAAGACACUUCUAAAUGUUCGAGCUGAUGGUGUUGCAGAGCCUCAUACGAAAGAUUGGUUGUCAAAACGUUGGCUUUGGCAGUCAAGUAGCAUUGAUGUGCCCCUCAAAUAUAGAGAGGGUGAGAGGCUCCGAGCCCAGAAAGAGGCGGUGGCUGUACUGGAGCGUGAAAAUGAAUCUCCGGUGGUUUCUCGCGCUCCUGGUGCUCUUGUUCUUCUCACCCAAGUGGUCAUCGUCUCUGUUGCUAUCGACGUCGAGGCACAGCCAGAUCUUGAGAUAUUGCUUGAUUCGGAAACUUCAAUCCCAUGGACAACUACAACAACGACUCGCCGCAUUGUCAACGUGUCGAUCCUCCAGAAGCCAGACUUACCCGCGACUUCGGAUUCGACCAUGCAACUCAAUAUAAGGAUAAACAACUGUAUUAUGGCUAUAGCUCAAUCUCAAGGCCAGAGUGAUGACUCCGAGGGUUACCGAACGCUGCUAAACUUAUCUACUCCUGAGCGCACUCAUACUAAGUAG